GCCUAGGAGCCCUCAGCAGAGCGGAGGAUCUGGAGAGAACUCUCGACUCUGGGUGCGGCCGUCGAGCCGACACACGAGCAGCUGUUCCGCUGUUGUGCGAGGCUGAAAUUCCCGGAAAUGAUAUCCAUCAAGACAGUCGGACCAGAAGGGCCCCGUAAAGAGCCAGGUCUUGAGGCGAGAGAAUGCUAUUCCUUUCUGGCAAAUGUACGGAGACCGUUGGCAGCGCCCCCGCUAAUGUUGGGGAUUCUCCAAUGACCGACCUUUCUCGUUCACCCUUGUAUGCAUAUCAAUUGUGCACUGCGGCGACUGGUGCUGCGCAAUUCAGGACACAGGUGGCGGGUGCUCUUUAAUGAAGGGCUAAAGUAGAGUUAAAGCGACCGCAUCUCUGCUUACUUCUCACGUCCUAGUCACGUCAAGCCCCAUUACUCUUUCCACUCUGCACAAUGGCUCUCUAUUCGGUGCCUGGUCGCGUGUGGGUAUCAUACAUUUUCGAUUGGGUGAUUGUAAUAGUCUUUUUGGCCAUUGCCGGAGCCCUCAACUUCGUGGAGCCUGUCAAGCGCGAUUUUUCUUUGACCGAUAGGGCGAUAUCGUUCCCGUACCGGAAAGACACCAUCUCCAUUCCGGUCCUUUUCAUCAUCGCGGUUGCGGUACCGAUCGUGGUCAUCGCUGUAGUCAGCCUCUUGUUCGUCCGCUUUCCCAUAAACUCAACGGAUCCGCGCUCAUCUUCGUCUCUUUGGCGUCGCAAACUAUGGGAACUUCAUGCGGGAUGGUUGGGCCUCGCGCUCGCCACUACUUUGUCCUUGCUCCUCACACAGACAAUGAAAAAUAUGUUCGGAAAGCACCGCCCUGAUUUUCUCGCACGAUGCAAUCCUGACGUGGCGAACAUGGGUAACUUCACUGUUGGAGGCUUUACGAGCGAGCUGCUCGAGGGAACAUCCGUUCUCGUGGAUUGGCAGAUAUGCAUAAGCAAAAAUGGUUCUGGCGUCGGAUAUAAGGAAUUCAUCGACGGGUUCAGAAGCUUCCCUAGCGGCCACAGCACUAUUGCAUUUGCUGGUCUUGCCUAUUUGAGUCUGUAUCUCGCAACGAAGCUCUCCACAACCAUCCCUGGCACGGCGAGCGCUUUUGCAGGACGCUCAAACGCAAGGGAAAGAGCAGCAGCUCCUCCUUUGUACCUCUUGGUCAUAGUUUUGAUACCAAUCGCGGCAGCUAUCUAUAUAGUAUCGACACGAUAUACCGACAACAAGCAUGCUGGGUUCGACAUACUUUUCGGCUCGGCUGAGGGGCUCGUCUGCGCUUGGUUUGCCAUCCGCUGGUACCACCCUCCUAUCUCUAUCGCUAGUGGAUGGGCUUGGGCACCGAGACACAAGGGAACAGCCUUUGGUGUUGGAAUGGGCGUUGGUAGUUACGCAGAUACAAGUUAUGCCCAGAAGGGACGAAACGGUGAUGCAGAUGUUGAACAAGGCUUAGAAGGGCGGAGGAGUGAGGCCCUGGAGCUACGAGGACUGCAAAGAGCGAACACGGCAGAGGGCAGCUAUAGUAGUCAUCAACCUUUGCAUCCUUAGAAGGAUGGUUGCAUGUGCCGGGCUUGGUCAGCAGAUGAACGGGAACGUACUAUACAGCAAUAUCUUUCCGCGUUUGCUGGCAUUAAUAUGCAGUAGUAAUAACAUGCUGAUCCAAAUGGCAUGAUCUGAGACGUUAAAAAUCCUAAGAAAGGCGCACAGAUUCUUGUCCAAUGUUCAUGAGCUAUAGCACAAAGACAGCAGUGUUUUUUCAUGUCGCAAGGUUUGAAGCGCACAGAGAGUUGAGUUCGCAACCUAGAGAAG